GAUCACUACUAUCACGCGGUGAGGUUACAGAUACAUCGCUCGCUCGCCCCUCCUUCGUGGCAUUUGGGCGGCGCAAAGAGCGGCGGGUCGGCGCGUGUGAAUUUGGACAACUAUCCGUAUGCGUGCGUGCCUGUGUGUGCGUGGUUGUCGUAUGCCUGUGACGAGUGAUGCUGAAGUUGGCGUUUCGUAAGCGGGGGCGAGUUAUGAAGUGUUCGCGCGCGCCGAUCCGAUAAAGCGUCAAACUCGCGCGAUCCGGCAGUUAUAUCGCGGGCAAUGGGCAGAUCCAGCACGUCCACCAUCCUUGCGCUCAUCUGAGAAGUUCGUCGCUCACCGGAGGUAUUUCAUAUUCGCGCGAUCUAACCCACGCUACGAGGCGAGCGUUCCUCCGAAUGUCGGUGCAACGGCGUCAAGCUGACAGGGAGGAAUAAUGUUGAACAGUAUAGCAAAACACAUUUUACACUGCUGCCUAUUGCUCGUGGUCAUACUUGUAUUCGAAUUUGUAUCUGGUGGGCUUCGAUGGAACACUGACAAGAAAGAAGAAAUCGACCCAUGGCUGCGAUACGGAUUCUUAGGCACAAUCACUUUGUACCUGCUGCGUACAGUGACAUUUCUCUCCUUGCCACAAGUUUUAUUCAACUUCAUAGGAUUAACGAUAUAUAAUGCAUUCCCCGACAAAGUAGUCUUGAAGGGCUCGCCGCUGCUCGCGCCGUUUGUGUGCAUAAGGAUAGUAACACGCGGUGAUUACCCGCAGUUAGUAAAAGCGAACGUGAAGAGAAACUUAAACAAAUGCACAGAAGCUGGCCUUGAGAACUUCCAAAUAGAGGUAGUAAGUGACAAGCCGGUAGGCUUGACUCCUCACCGCCGAGUGCGAGAAGUCGUCGUUCCUCCGAAUUAUCGCACAAGUAGUGGUGCCUUAUUUAAGGCUCGUGCUUUGCAAUACUGCCUUGAAAGUUCGGUGAAUGACCUGGCCGAACAUGAUUGGAUCGUGCAUCUCGACGAGGAGACCCUGAUGACUGAGAAUUCCGUUCGCGGUAUACUGAAUUUCAUACUGGACGGCAAGCAUCAGUUCGGCCAGGGACUUAUCACAUAUGCUAACGAAGAUGUCGUUAAUUGGAUCACGACAUUGGCUGACAGCUUCAGAGUGGCGGAUGACAUGGGCAAGCUAAGACUACAGUUCACCAUGUUUCAUAAACCAUUCUUCAGUAUGAAGGGAUCUUAUGUUGUCACGCAGAUGGGAGCAGAGAAGCAAGUUUCGUUCAACAACGGAUUAGACGGUUCCGUUGCGGAGGACUGCUUCUUCGCCAUGAAGGCGUUCUCUCAAGGAUACACGUUCAACUUCGUGGACGGCGAGAUGUGGGAAAAAUCGCCCUUCACCCUGUGGGACUUCGUGCAGCAAAGGAAGAGAUGGCUGCAAGGUAUAUUACUUGUUGUGCAUUCCAAAGCGAUUCCACUAAGAAACAAAUUGUUAUUGGGCAUCUCGUGUUACUCGUGGGUGACGAUGCCAUUGUCGACCUCCAACAUCAUUUUAGCCGGACUCUGUCCGAUCAAUUGCCCGCCAUCGAUUGAUUUUCUGUGCGCGUUCAUUGGCGCUGUGAACAUCUACAUGUAUGUGUUCGGAGUCGUUAAGUCGUUCUCCCUAUAUCGUUUCGGCGUAGCCCGAUUUAUGUUGUGCAUAUGUGGCGCGCUAUCUACUAUUCCGUUUAAUAUAAUCAUCGAGAACGUCGCCGUGAUAUGGGGCUUGUUCGGUAAGAAACACAAGUUCUACGUCGUCAACAAGGAAUACAGACCGCCGAUCACCGUAUGAUGCGCUGUCGGUUUAGAAACCUCAUCUAAACUGACGCGUAUACUUAGCAGCGAUGUAAAAUUUCCAUUGUGCAUGCGCAUUAUUAGUACCUGUACAUCUAUAUGAGGAAAUAUACAUACACACAUCAUUGUCACAAAAACGAAAUAUUUAUAAUUAGUAUUACACUGGAGUAAUGCUAUUGAUAGUUAGAUAGAGAUUGAUCGGUCAAUUUUAGAACAGGUAAUGGAAGGUAUAUGUCUCUGUGCAGCAAUAGAUAGGUGCAGUAUUAAAAGUAUACUUUAUAUAUUUUGGCAUUAUACGGAGCCAAAAAUCUGUUGAAAAGUAUUCAUCCCUGUCAGACAUGUAUCUAUGUCAACAUUAUAUUCUCAUAGUGCAAAGUCAUACAUGUAAUAUUUCCUUUGAUCUCAUGUAAACGUGUUUAGCGUUCAUUAAGUUAGCAUUCGUAUCUCGUUUCACGUGUUCCUCUUCUUACAUUAGACUUAUAUCUUACAUUUUUUUAUGUUAUUGUCAAGAUAAUCGAUUUUUAUCGUGUUCAAAAAUAUUCCGUUUCUGCCAUGUUCUGUACUUUUUUUAUUUGAU